AUGUUUGACUUUUACGUUAAGAUAAUACUAAUAAAUGCCAAAAUUCUUUACAUUAGGGCCCAACUUGGUCGUGAAAUUGGAAAGACUAACAACAAAAAAUCAGGACAAAGUUUGAGAGAAAAUUAUGUAUCCACCUGGGUGCAUUGGGAACGUCUUCAGUUUCUGCAACCGGUAAUGAAUGCUGGGAAAAGUAGAGAUAACCUGCCAUUCACAAUGUCACAGUCAAAGGACUCAUCCACCAUCUUACAAGGAUGCGGUCCCAAACGGAAGAAAGAAAAAAAGGAGCUCCUUGAAACUUGUAUUGAAGUUUUAAAGGAACCCACUCACACUGCAAAUGACACAAACCAUUGUUCCUUUCUGUAUGUAGCAGAUAAGUUAAAAACAAUGGAUGCAAGAACCAGAACAGUUGCAGAGAAGCGCAUCCAUGAUAUUCUCUUUGAAAUGGAAAUGAAUGGUAUUGGACCUUGUCAUCAACAACAAGGAUUUAAUGUUCCAGUUCAAGCAAAUGUUAGACAAUACUUCACUUCUGAAAGGCAUGAUGGACAUUCUGUUCCAUACUUACCAGAUGCUAUUCAUUUUAAUAGCUAA